CCGUUAUGUUCCCAGGAUGCCGUUCGGCCGCCCUUUUCCUCCAUCUUUGUUAUCGUAUCAGGCAGGUUUUCUGAGCCUGGGCAAAAGAGAUCACAAUGCCUGGAAGGUUGUGGUGCAAGGCUAUCUUUUCUGGAUACAAGCGUGGUCUGAGGAACCAGCGCGAACACACUGCCCUGCUGAAGAUAGAGGGAGUGUACACCCGUCAGGAGGUUGACUACUACCUGGGCAAGCGCUGUGCCUAUGUCUACAAGGCAAAGAAGAACACAGUGACUCCUGGAGGCAAACCCAACAAGACUCGCUGCAUCUGGGGUAAAGUCACACGUGCUCAUGGCAACAGUGGGAUGGUGCGUGCCAAGUUCAGCAGCAACCUGCCUUCAAAGGCUAUUGGGCACAGAGUACGAGUGAUGCUGUACCCAUCCCGCGUCUAAUGUGCUUUUGUGUACAUACAAUAAAAAAAUGUUGGUCACA